GCCUCUGAGUGACUGCUGUCCGCGAGGAGGGGGAGGAAGGGGCGAGUCUCUCUGCAGCCCUCAUCGCGCCGCCGCCUGCCCAGGCCUCGGCUCGGCCCUGCGGGCGGCGCUGAAACGGGCGUCGGCGGGGCGUGCGGGGUGCGUGAGCCCGAGCUCUGCAGCACACGGGGUGGGUGAGAUGUCGGACUGAGCGGAUGUGAGCCCGGGGGUGGGGUUCUCUGUGCCUGGGGGUUGGGAUCGUUCCGCCCCGCCGCCUCGCGCAGCGCAGUGCCUGUGGUGAUUGUGCAUCUUGGGGCUCCGAGGCGGGCAGCGGUGCGACCUGCCUGCGCCUUCCCACCGCGCCCGUGUGGGCAGGCCGGCCGAGGCACCGGCUUGGUGUCUUCACGACGUCGUUUCUUAGAGAAAAACAGGGUCUUUCUGUGUGAGGUGGGCGGUUGCGCCUCGUGCUUCCCUGUUCCACAGCUGUAAGGCGGCGCGGUCCCGCACCCCGCGCUUUCUGUGGUCGGAUCGUGCUCCGCGUGUACGUGUUGGGGUGUCAGUGUCUUCAGACUAAUUUAAGAGAUUUUAGUUGUGAGAAAGUUGAGACGCAAGGAUUACAUACAGAUCUGCUCUACAUCAGUUUUCUUUUUCCUCUUUCCUAUCCCCCUUCUCCCAUAGGGGAGUACAGCUUGGGAAUUUAGGCCCCCCUUUCCCCCACGGAAAUCUACCUUAGUCCUUAAGGCAUCAGCUAGACAUUGCCUGUUACGGUACCAGGAGAACGUUAUUAUUUGUUUGCACUGGGAGCUUUAUUAAUAUAUUUGGAGUGCAGUGUAGAGAGGAAUCCAGGAGACUUCCUUGCCCUCCCUUUUUGAGUAAUAGGGGAUUCGGGAAAAGGGGUGCUUACGGAGACACGUGACCUCGUUAAAGGAGCUGAGACUGAAGCAGCACUUGGCACACUGAAGGAAGCACCCACCUAUCAUUUGGCAUCUUUUUUGUCUACUGGUCCUUCCUCACCCAAUUUCGGAAGUUCCAUUGAAAAGAAACCUUGAAGGUUGCAAGAAAAGUCCAAGAUGUGCAGUUCAGUUGCUCCCAGGUUGUGGUUCUUAACAGACCGUCGCAUCAGAGAAGAUUACCCUCAGCAGGAGAUCCUGAGAGCAUUGAAGGCCAAGUGCUGUGAAGAAGAACUGGAUUUCCGCGCCUUGCUGAUGGAUGAAGUGGUGCUGACAAUUGAGGAUGGAAAUCUUGGUCUUCGGGUGAACGGGGAGCUUAUUACUGCUUACCCCCAGGUGGUGGUCGUCCGGGUACCAACACCUUGGGUCCAAAGUGACAGUGAUAUCACAGUCCUUCGCCAUCUGGAGAAGAUGGGCUGUCGGUUAAUGAACCGUCCCCAGGCCAUCCUCAACUGUGUCAAUAAGUUCUGGACGUUUCAAGAACUUGCUGGUCAUGGUGUGCCCCUGCCAGACACCUUUUCGUACGGUGGUCAUGAGAAUUUUGCCAAAAUGAUUGAUGAGGCAGAAGUGCUGGAGUUCCCUAUGGUGGUGAAGAACACGCGGGGUCACCGAGGCAAAGCUGUGUUCCUGGCACGCGACAAGCACCAUUUGGCAGACCUGAGCCAUUUGAUUCGUCAUGAUGCCCCAUACUUAUUUCAAAAAUAUGUUAAAGAGUCCCAUGGCAAGGAUGUACGUGUCAUCGUAGUAGGAGGCCGUGUUGUGGGCACCAUGCUCCGUUGCUCUACAGAUGGGAGAAUGCAGAGUAACUGCUCACUUGGUGGCGUAGGGAUGAUGUGUUCACUGAGUGAACAAGGCAAGCAACUGGCAAUCCAAGUGUCCAACAUCCUGGGGAUGGACGUGUGUGGCAUUGACCUACUGAUGAAGGACGACGGUUCAUUCUACGUCUGUGAGGCCAAUGCAAAUGUAGGUUUCAUUGCCUUUGACAAGGCUUGUAAUCUAGAUGUAGCUGGUAUCAUAGCGGACUAUGCCGCUUCUCUCCUAACCCCCGGUCGCUUGACGCGGCGCAUGUCCUUACUCUCUGUGGUGUCCACGGCAAGCGAGACUAGCGAGCCAGAGCUGGGCCCUCCAGCUAGUGCCGUUGUCGACAAUAUGAGUGCUAGCUCCAGCUCUGUCGACAGCGACCCUGAGACCACGGAGAGAGAGUUGCUCACCAAGCUCCCGGGGGCUCUAUUCAACAUGAACCAGCUAUUAGCCAAUGAGAUCAAACUUCUUGUGGAGUGAUGCUGCAUGUAAAUAGAUGACCAACAGAACUCUCUUGUAAAAUUUUCUUUGAAACCAACUUGCAGUGCUGUUUAUUAGGGAAACUCAGAGAAAUGAGGAAAGGAGAAUCAAUCAAGAGAGCAAGAUUAAAAGACGUGUUCUGUGACUGCUGCCUCUAUUUUUUUGCAGAACAUAAUAUUGUGAUAAUUCUUCAGCACCGUUGUUGUAAUGAAGAUGUUUAAUUUACAGCCUAAAUGGGAGUUUUAUUUGGAUGCUGCUUUGGUUCUGCAACAUAUUGCAGUGCAUGGGUGUUCACAGGAAAGCAUUGAAAUAUGAUUAACUGGAAGAUUUUCAGAAGGCUCUGGCAGCUCUCUAGAAACCUUUGUGAAUUAAUGCAGCAGUUAACUCUCUUCUGCUCUCUAAGGCUUGAUCCUGUAAAUUGCUGACUGCCUUUAAUUUUCAGUGAGAGUUGAAGGUGUUAAAUUUUUUUAAAAAGGUAUUUAAAACUCCUGACACCUACUGUUUCCACUCUUGUGGUCAAUUCAGCAUAUUUUUGAAACCAUCUCUUUCAGACCUUACAGGAUGUGGCCCUUCAAAGGAUGAGACAGAGAGGAUUGUCAGUUGCCCUAAUGUGAGCUUCUGUACAAGUCUCAAAUUGGUGCCAUCUUGAUAUUAACUGGCAGAUUUGUGUCUGUUUUUCUUUAUAAGGCAUUGGAAACAGGUUUUCUAGUACCUCAGAUUUUUUCACUUCAGAUCCUGAGUUUGGGAGGUAUGCAGGGGAAUUGGUCAUAUUAUAUUGGUGGUAGAAGUGGCACAUUUUAACUAUUUUUUGCAUGAUUGGAGGAGUUGAACAGCACUGUAAUGUUUGGUAUACAAAACAAUGUUUAAUCCAAUGUGAAAGAAAUUACACUAGUUAAAAAAAAAUGUGCAUUGGCUUGUAUUUGUUAGUGUUUUAGUCGUUUUGAGAGAGAUCUGCAAUGUUAAUGUUCCUUUUUUUUUUUUUUUUAAUACAUGUUAGUCCAACACUCCCUUCUCUAUGCCUGCAUCUUUAACAGUGGCCAAAGUGAAAACACUGCAGACUAUUUGUUAAGAAAACACUGAGUUAAAGUCUGUACUAUGUUUUUUUGUUUGUUUUGUUUUUUUCCUUUUUUUUUUUUUGAGUGGGGGGGUAUAUUUUGCUUUUUAUGGGGGAGAAAUGUGAUAAGGUGUGGAGAAGUGAAAAGUUGGUGAAAAGUGAUUAGAAAUCUAGAGGUACAUUAGAAUAAAGUUGCAGUUCAUGCAAUACUUAGAAGGCUUACUAUUUCCCGUUGAGAAUAUUUUAAAGCUGAUGUUGUCAGAAAUCCAAAGUACAUAACUGAGAAGUUGUUCUCAAUUCUUUGGCAAACAUGCAGCAAAUUAAAUUUAAAAAAAGAAAAAAAAAAAGGAAAAAAAAAAGGGAAGAGAGCUCAGCCAGAAUAAUAAUAACAAUAAUAAUAAAAAAGUAUAACCUAGGUCCAUAAAUAUUUAACAAAUUGAUUCUGUACUCUUAUAUGUAUGUGGUGUGAACGCGCACACUUGUGUGUGUUUGUGAACACGCAUUUGCUUUGCUUCAUUUCUUUUUGGGUUUUGUCUAUUUGGAUCCUAAUUUUUUUCUAGGCUGCCUGAUUUUUCUUAGUUGUUCUGGCUGUGCGUUUUCUCAUUAGCCUUGAGCUGUUUUGGGUAACACAUACCCAGAACAGAGAUAUUGAGUCAGUUUUUCAGUCCCUAUCUUCCCCUCCUCCUUUUCUUCCACCUUCUCCUCCCUCUGCUUUCAUUCCAUUCCCAGUUUUCUGGGAUCAUAAAGCCCUGGAACUAUAUAUAUAUUUAUAUAUAUAUAAAAAUAAGCCUCUUUUUUAAAUACACAAAGUAAAACGUUUACAAUUGAAAAACAAUCUUGUGAAAAUAGGGUUUGUUUGGAGGGGGGUUGUGUGUGUGCAAUGCUGCUGUUUCCUGGAUACUUUAAUGAAGCAUGUCCCAUGUACCCUCUGAGGCUCUGCACUGCCCACCUUUGUGGCCCCUCUUCACCUCUUUGCUGCUCUGCUGUUUUAUCUUCACUUGGACCUUAAACACAACUCAUGGACACCAUGCAGAGAGUCUUCAAGAGGCAAUAAACAGAACAGUAUUAACCUGCUUUCGUGGAGGUUUGAUCAUGCUUCUUUGUACAGUUCUUUUUUUUUUUUAAUUUUAAAAGGAAUGUAAUAAAAUGGCUUUUUUUUUUUUUUUUUUUGGUAGAAUUAAAUAUUAUUAUUAAAAUCAAGUGUAAGGUUGACUUGUGGUGUUAAGCAGGAGAAGCGGACUAGCUGGUCCAGCAACAAAAGGGGCUUCAGUAGUCCGGAUAUUUUCAAAUCUUUUCUUCCUAAGCCUUCAAGUGCACAGGUUGUAUCUGAAGAAUAUAAAGGUCUUUAACUUCUAUGAAGAGCUGCAGAAACACAGAACACAAAGCUGAUUUUCUGGUCACUGAGCAGUACACUGUCCUUCAGAAACUCUUCUCCCCUUGUGUGUUAGUUCUAAGGGGAAUUUGGAUGUUGGUUCUUUUUUGUUUUUCCUUUUCCUUUUUAUUGGUAGGUGCUUGCACUCAUUGAGAUGCUGAUGGGUCAGUCUUCACCUUUUCAGCCGUGGCUCACGUAAAGCACAUGUGGAAUAGAAGCAGGGAGUCAGCAUAUGCUAGCUGAUAUAGUAGGACCUCUGUACUUCUGUCACAGUAAUGUCCUUAAGGCAAAAGAGCAGGUAACUGAACAUUCUGGGCUGUUUUUUAAGGCUCCAUUCUAUUUUGUGGAGAAAUGUUGUGUUACACAGUAACUUUACAUUUCUCUCACCCUUUCAGAAUAUCCAAGUAACAUUUUACCGUAAGAGUAAAUAACCAUGAGAUUUUUUGACAAACAGUGGGUUGAGAGAGUUACAGUUUGGUUCCUUUGUGAUAAGAUGCUUCUCUGUCAUUGGUGCUUCCAAGCAAUUUUGGAGAUAAGUUUUUGCCUCCUUUCCUGAUCGCUAUGCAAUAUUUGAAACAUCAUGCAUGUUCAUUUAUAUGUAAGUUAUUGAUAUUGCAUAUGAAAACCUUACUUGAAGAUUUACUGGUACAAACGGACACAUUGUCUGAUGUAUUUACUCACUCUUUAUCCAUUGCUUAUGAAGUAGUGAAAUGUACAAAGUGAUAUGGGGUGCGGAGGGAGGUUCUUGCUUUUACUUACAUAAAAAAAAAAGGUAUCCAAGUAUGGCCUGUUGUAACGAGGCCAGUAUUUCCCAUUGAAGGUGAGCUUUACAGACCUCAGCUUUAUAUGCUAUAUUUCCUUCAUUUCCAUAUGCUGAAAAACACACGUUAAACUUUCAUACAGCUGAAUUAAAACUACCUGCAUAUUUGAGUUUGGAAUUUUAUGCUGAAAAAGUAAUCAAUAUACAGCUGGAUUAUAAUAGUGUUAAUACAUCUCAUAGUGAUAGAAAUAUUUCUGUAUUUCUUAAUUUUGAAAAAGCCAGUUAGAAACUCUCUUGCAACAGUAAGUAUCUUAAACUACAUCUGAUCAUUAUUUUUCCUUUUUUUUUAACGGUGGAGACUUUCUUUUGUUCAAUUUAACAUGUUUCUAAUUGAUGUCUUGCUCUGUCAAUGUAUGGAUUGUAUCUUAAGCUUUGUAUUUAAUGUUCUAGUGUGUUUCAUAAAAAUUCACUGUUAUACCACAUCAUUCAUAAUGCAGUAAUAGAAGGUCAAUGCUCGAUGAGUGUGUGGACUGUUAAAGUUUCUUGUUCUGAACUAGUGGUCACUAUUUGUGCAUUUUCUUCCACUUUGUGAUCUAUCUUUCAUGUGAGAUACUUAUUCAGGAAGUAUCCUCUGGAGCACCAGUGUACUUCAGAUGCAAAGGAUACUUCUUAAGAUGUUCUAUUGGACUUCAAAAUCCAACACAUGAAACCAGUGGCAUUUGCUAAAUCUUUUCUCCCGUUUGUUGUGGAUAUCUGUCAGUUAAAUAUAUAAGUGACUCUAGGGGCUUAGAAAGACUUCAUGAAAACAAUUUGCAUGUACAAUAUCUUUCUCACGGCUCACUCUUUUUGAGAAGGUUUAUGAGCGUUAUGGCUGGUGCAAGAUAAACGACCCACUUCUGUUCUCUCUGUGGAAUUGUAGGUGCUCAAACAGG